AUGGCUCCAGGCCUCUUCGGGAUGCCUGAAGCGUUUGCCAGACCGCAAGAGAUGCAGCCCACCUGGCAAUACACUGGUGCGUUGCCAGCUUCUCUCUUCAUCCAGCUCUGUCCCUGCCUCUCUCCCUGUAGCCCCACAAAGCCCGAGGAAAUGAACUGGGCCGAAUACUUCCCGGAGUUCUUCCCCCCCUUGAACAAAGAUGACCGUCACGAUGACCCAAAGGACUGCGAGGAAAGAGCGAAGCCCACAGACCACGUCGAGUUCGCGGAUAUUGGCUGCGGUUACGGGGGCUUGUUGGUCGAGCUGUCUUCCCUCUUCCCCAACACCUUGAUGCUGGGCCUGGAGAUCCGCGUGAAGGUCUCGGAUUACGUCCGCGACCGGAUCCAAGCUCUGAGAGCCUCCCACCCCGGGCAGUACCAGAACAUCGCCUGUAUCCGCAGCAAUGCCAUGAAGCACCUGCCCAACUUCUUCCGCAAGGGGCAGCUGACCAAGAUGUUCUUCCUCUUCCCGGACCCGCACUUCAAGAAGACCAAGCACAAGUGGCGAAUCAUCAGUCCAACGCUGCUGGCCGAAUACGCCUACGUCCUCCGCGUCGGGGGCUUGAUUUACACCAUCACCGACGUGGCCGAGGUGCACGAGUGGAUGGUUGGGCACUUCAGCGAACACCCGCUCUUCGUCCAGGUGCCCGUGGAGGACUUGGUAAGAGGGAGGGAGGCAGCUUCCAGGCCCGGGGAGGGGCAGGAGCCCGGAAAGGGGAAGGUUUAUGCCGUGCAGGGCCCCUGCACCCACCCUGGGCUGACUCAGUCCGCCUGCGUUUCUUCCCCGGACCCGGGCUUUACAAGAAGCUCACACAAAGCUGGAAAGUGAAACCUGGUCCCGCAC